AUGAGGGUACAACAUGUAGAAGUUGUCCUUGAGUUGAAAAGUGAAAUUGGUCAGUCAAGUAGCUCUGGGUCACUAUGUGUGGGAGGUGAGGAAGAAACUGAUGCACUACGUAGAUUUUGCCACCAUAAGGAGAAUGUGUUGUUGUCAACACCUUGGGCAAACGGUAUUACGCAUGUGGGACAACGAUUUGUUGGAGGUGCACAAGAAUUUCGUGAUGUUUUAUGUAAGUAUGUCAUCCAAUCUGGGUUUCAGUUUACUUAUGGUAUGGAUGUCCGAACAUCGAAGAAUCCGAGAGUUAGUUCUGACUUGGUGUCGAGUACUAUAUCUGAAAUUGUGAGGAACAAGCCGUUGACUUGGCCGUGUGAGGUGGUAGCUAUUUUGAAGAGGGAUUAUGGGCUAGAUGUGAGUUACCACGUGGUAUGGUUAGGCGUAGAGAAAGCAAAGGCUGUUAUUCAUGGAGAUCACUCAUUAUCGUUUGACCAGCUGCGGUGGUAUUCGGAUACUGUGAUGCGUUACAAUCCGGGGAGUUAUGUCAAUAUUGACUAUGAUGCGAGUAGUCAACAGUUUUGCCAUUUCUUUGUAUCAUUCGCUACGUGUAUUUAUGGGUUUAAUUCUUGUCGGCCUUUAUUAUUCCUGGAUGAAAUAUUCCUCAAAGGAAAGUACAAAGGUCUAUUUCCUGUUACAUUUGUGAUUGUUGAUUCAGAGACCACGGCCAAUUGGUCGUGGUUCUUGUACGAACUGGGCAAAGUUGUUGAUGAUAAGCGUCAAAUUACUUUUAUUUCAGACCGUAAUCUUGGUCUGUUAGAAGCGAUGUCGAAGAACAACUUAAGAGACCGGAUGAAGGGAAUUGAUAAUGGAUUUAGGGACCACAGCAUUAGUAGUUUGGGUGACUGUGCUUACGAGCCAACUGUGGUAGGGUUCCAUGAAAAGCUUGAGAAAUUAAAAGAGAAGGGUAAGCAACAGGCACAUAGUUUUUUCAAGGAAUUGGCACCUGAGGGCAUACGUUAUAGGGAGAUGACAUCUAAUGCGGCGGAGUCAUUUAAUAAUUGGAUUAAAGAAGCACGCAAUCUUCCUAUCACUCAGCUGGUGGACACAAUUCAUACUCAGUUGAUACGGCAAAUGUCUUGGCAGGUGAGCAAAGCUAAUGAGGAUGUGUUUGAGGUUCAUUCUAUGUCAUCUGUUACAAUUGAUAUUGUAAGGUGUAUGUAUUCUUGCUUCAAAUGGCAAAUCAACGAAUUUCCAUGUGACCAUGCCGUUAUUGCUAGAAGAGCUGCUAUAAUCUCAAUGAUUGUGUGGAACAUUACUUUCAUGUAG